AUGGGUCAAGAGGCAAGUACCGAUAAAUUAGAAAGUAAUGAUAUUCUUCGUAUGAUGAAAAAAUUUGGUAAACUAGAUGCUGAUAAAUCCGGAGCUUUAAGUGCCGAAGAAUUUAUGAGUAUUAAUGAAUUAAAAUCAAAUCCACUGGUUGAACGUGUUAUUGAUGUAUUUGAUAUAGAUGGCAAUGGAGAAGUGGACUUUAAUGAAUUUAUAACGGGUAUGCAUUCUUUUGCGUCGAGAGGUGAAACAAAUCAAAAACUAAAGUUUGCUUUUAAUAUCUAUGAUAUUGAUAAAGAUGGAUAUAUUACAAACGCUGAUCCAGCUAAAUUACAAGUGUUAGGAAAACGGCGUGGACGUCCAAAAAAGGCAGGAAAAGCAUUAAGUCGAUCAUAA